CUUUAUACUCUCUCCCUCACGCACACACGUCUUCUCUCCUCCAAGCUUGCGAGUCGCAGACAGUCCUCCUACAUUACAGCUUGAAACUACCUGCCACUGCACAUCUCCCUCUCUUUUCUUAUCUCCUUCCUCCAUUGACACUCGCUAAUUUUCUUAACACACUGCCUACGAUUACUGAGACAAAAUGCAGGACUAGCGAUUUCAAUCCGUCCUUUGAAACGAGGGUUAUGGUGGAUCUGAGCUUCUGACACCGCCAUGGGGAUGUUGAGUGAUUCCUGGUGUUUCUGCAAUGGCGGAGGCAAGUCCGAGAGAAUGAAGGCCGCCAUCUAUUCCGGCAAAGGCCCCGCCAUGGCCAGAAUUUCCACUUCCGGCAGCACUGGCUUCGGAACCGGCUUCCUCAUCCACCGCAACCUGCUCCUCACAACCCACGCCGUCCUCCCCUCCGUCGCCACCACUGAGGCAGCCGAGAUCCGCCUUCAGGACGGUGUUGCUGCGAGUCUUAAUCCUCACAGGUUUUUUAUCACCAGCUCCGUUCUUGAUCUUACAAUAGUGGGUUUAGAUGCAACAGAUGGAGACUCAACUGCCUCAGGACAGCAGCCUCACCAUUUGAAGACCAGCUCUAAGCCAAAUUUGGAUCUGGGAAGUGUUGUUUACCUCUUAGGCUUUACGGGGAAAAAGGUGUUGACAGUUGGUGAAGGAAAGGUGGUGAUAGCCACUGACAAUCUAAUAAAACUAUCAACUGAUGAAGUUACUUGGAGCCCUGGGUCUGCUGGUUUUGAUGUACAAGGCAAUCUUGCAUUCAUGAUAUGUGAUCCUAUGAAGCUAGCAACAUCACCGAACACCAAAUCCUCUACGACUUCAUCAUCAUCCUCGGCAUCCUGGAAGAAAGAUCUUCCCAUGCAAUUUGGCAUCCCCAUUCCCAUCAUCUGUGAUUGGUUAAACCAGCACUGGGAGGGUAGCCUCGAUGAACUUAACAAACCCAAGUUACCAAUCAUCCGAUUGAUGUCCACUGGCCAAAAGAGUGAGCAUUCUAGCGCUUCAUUCACACUACGACGUGUUUUCAAGUCCACAGAAGCAGAAAAUAAUGGAACCCCAUCUUCAUCAAAUAUAGUCUCCAAACCUAGGGAUCAGCCUGGGCCAAGCUGUUCAGUUGCAGCACCUAUUGAAAAGGAAACAUUUGCUAAUCCACAUGGCACUACUCAUGUGCAAGGGAUCCCAACUCCAGAAAUAUUCGAAUCACCAAAGGUAACUGCAGCUCCUGUUAGAAAGAAAGAGAGUGUACAAAUCCAGCUUUUGGAUAUUAAUUUUCCUCCCAAGGUUGACAAAGCAACAGCAUUGCCAGGCCCUGCCAAAGGGCUUCUAUCAAACUCAGAUGAGAAUUGUGUCGAGGAACGUCCUCCGCAGAACCUUUUGAAAGAAGAUGGAACUAAGGACAACGGAGGACUGUCUGGACCUCAAGCAGAUGUGGAGGUUGCCUCGACAGGAUCCGUAAAUGGGGCACAUAGUGAGGUUCAGUCCAGUUCAUCUCCAGUAGAUGCUUCAAUGAUGCAGAACGGGGAUAGCAGCGAGGGGGAGACUAUGUACUCUGCGGAAACUGCAGAAAGCCGAAACUACACUACUCCAAGGGAGGCAAAGUGCCAGCCAGUGGGGAGGAGCCAAAGCUGGGUGGGUUACAACAGAUGGGAAAAUGUCCAUAGGAAUACAUUAGCUAGCCAGGGGUUUCUAGAAAACCAGAAAGGUUUUGGGCAAGGAAAGAGAAUGCAUUCCCAGGGGGCCACAUCUCAAAGGAGUAACGACUACUACAGCCCAACUCUCUCCUCAAUCAUGAAGAAACGGAACAGUUCAGAGCAGCCAAACAGACCCCGGCAAAGUGCAGUUCAUUCUUCUCCAAGAUGGAUGUUCUGAUUUAUUUUAUUUUAUUUUUGUUUUAUUUUUUCUCCAUAGCUUAGACUUGAAACAGGUCAAAAGCAAAACUUUGUCGUGUGAAUUUUCGCCCAUUUAAUCGAUAAUGUAACUAAUUUAUUGUGACUUCAUGUUAAAACAAAUCUAAAAUAAAUCGAAGAAUCACCCAGAUUAUUGAA